CUUGCUGCUGUUGCUAUUGCUGUUUGCUACCGGCCGGGAAAUUCUCCCGCUGCUGCCUUAGACUGAACGGGAGCGGUCGGUCAAGUGAAUCUCCUGUCGGAGACUUCCCAGGAGGCGAGCCGCUGAGCUCAGUUGCGCUGGAGGAGGAGGACGCGUGGCCGAAUAAAGGAGAGGACCGGCUAAACCGAGCAGCAAAGCGGAGGAGCUUCUGGCCGAGAGGAGAUCGCUGGAAGCCCAUGGCUGCUGCUGUUGCCGCUUUCCGACACCUGAGCCUGGCGCUGGGCGCAGCGGUAGCAGCCCUCGGUUCUCUCCUUUUCAUUGCAUGGAAAGGCUACUUCCGAGACGCCGAUGACAGCUGCGUCGGCUGGAGAAGUCGCUGGGAGCGGCAGCUGGAAGCGGAGCUACGAGCUUGCAACGCGCGAAAGGAAGCGGAGCAGCCACAUUACUGUGAAUACCAAGUUUUGAUUCUCGGUUUGGACGGGGCUGGAAAAAGCACCAUUCUUCACCAUGUAUGUAGUCCAGAAGCCAAGAAGCACAUAGCACCUACUCAAGGCUUUAACUCAGUGCAGCUGCAGGCCAGUGGGCUCCAGAUGGAUCUUCUAGAAGUUGGUGGGAGCCAAAAUCUACGCUUCUAUUGGAACCAGUAUCUGAGCAAAGCCCACAUUUUGGUGUUCGUUGUAGACUCUGCAGAUGGCCCACGCCUUCACAUUGCUCGGCAGGAGCUCCACUGCCUGCUAGCUGAGGACCCUCAGCUGCCUUUGAUAGUCUUAGCUAACAAACAGGACAAGAAUGAUGCCCUGAGUGUGGCAGAAUUGCAAGAGGAGUUGGCCUUACACAACCUGGAUAGUCAGAGGAAAUUCUUUCUCUUGCCCACAAGUGCAACUUCUGCUGGUCUGGCCACUGCAAACAGUGUUCUUCACUUGAAGCACCUGCUGGUCAAAAUCCUUGCCCAUUCAAACAAGAUGGACUCCCUGUGAUUGCGCCUCUCAGCAAUAACUUUUUCUGCAUGGUCAGGAAAGUCCACCUCGGCAUUCACUCAAAUGCUUUUGGAGGAGGAAUGCCACCUGCCAAUAUAGCCUUGAAGAUAACUCCUACUGCUCUGGAUAAGGGGGAAGAAAAGGCAAAGUGCAUUGCUUGAGGGGGACAUCCAUCAAUCUCAGAGACUAUUGAAAACAACUGCUGCUCUUUUCACAAAUCUAAAGAACUGUAAUACCAAUAUUUGCACUUUGCAUUCUUCUUUACUGGAUCUACUAUAGUUGACUUUACAAUAAGCAGGAAGAAGUAAUGCAAUGACUUUAUAUAGAGGAAGCUAAGAAAGUCAUUUCAUAAGCUCUUUGCCUAUGAAAUGACUUCGUUAUUUCAAAAGCUGGGGGUUAGUCUUGGCCCAUAAAGGGCAAAAUUCAUCCUGAUUGCAGUUAACGGAAAGUGGUAAGUACUGAAACUGAUGGCUUAUCUAGAUUUGUGGAAUCCUUAAUGGAAUAUCUUUUAUUUCUAGCUAUGCAUGUUGGAACAGUUGUGCCUUGAACUGAUGCCAAAGCUACUUCAGUCACUAAGACUCUGCUAUCUUCUUAUUUAUUACUUGAUUCUGAGGUAACCUCUAAAAGACUAGAUAUUUGAUAUUGGUCAAGAGAAUUGGAAAGUCUGGAUUAGACCACAAAGAGAUGCACGAAACGGACAUCCUCCAAACUAAGUGAGCUCAACUGUCAAAUUCCCGGGUUGGCUGGGAAGUUUGAGAUGCAGGCCAACACCUGCAGGUGUCCCUGAUAAGGCAAAGUUCUUCAGCAUGUAUUUGAAUAUCCCUAUUUGUUCCCAACCUAUCAGAGGUUGUUAAAAGUUUUUAUUUCUGCUCCAUUAUAGAAACAAAAUGUUAUCUAUGCAAAAGCUAUUGUGAGCUAGUAAUGGCUGUUACAACAUACAGGUAAGCCACAUCAUAGGAGCUACCAAUACCAUUCUCCUAAAUUUCUAAUGAAGAAAAAAAGCAAUCAUUUGUCUCAUCUCUGUAUUAAAGCAUAAUUCUACAUGUGCAGGAAGCCAAUCCCAUCUUUAGGCAAUUUCUCUCUACAGCUCUUAUGAUGUUAAAAGUAGGAAUGAUGCUGUUUCUUAAAUAGGAAAAUGAUGCAUAUAACAUUGCUCUCCAUUGCUCCCUCUUCUCUUGGCAGAUCAGGAUUUUUGUUUGGACUAAGCUGCUUUUGCACAAUUUAUGUUUUAACCAACCCCUCCCCCCUUAUCCUAUUGAGAAUAUAGGAAACCUGGAUAAUACAUUUUAGCCGUAUAUGCCACAGGCAAUUGCUAACAAAUGCUUUGUACUUUUUAUCAAUAAAUCUUGUGAUGUAA